AUGAGCGUAUCUACUCUGCGGGAAGAUAAAGUGUACGGCCUACUGGGUCUAUCGAGUGAUUCGCAUUCCCUUGGAAUACAACCAGACUAUUCCAUAUCGGCCAACGACCUCUACAUCAAGAGUACGAUAAAGCUUCUAGAAUCAGGAGAUAUCGGAAUCCUCAAUUCCAACGGCGACCUUGCUUGGAAGGGCUGCCAAAAGCUACCCACCUGGGUACCAGACUGGCCGUCCUAUCGCCGAGAAACCCCUUUGAGCCUGUCUCGAUACCGCCCUACCGAAAAUCCACCCCAAUUCGAGAUUUCCUUAGACAGCCGUACUUUGAGAAUCCGGGGACUGGAAGUCGACACCGUAUCCCGCAUUGGCAACCCGCGCACAAACAUUCGGCAAGAACACUUGGUUCCGUUGAACAACGCAAAGCUCGCCAGAUUCCAGCAGGGCUUUUUCAACAAGGUUGGCUACUCGGACCAGAUAACCAUCGUGUCUUCCAGGCGUGUCCGCAUGUGGGAGAAGAUAGGCCUCAGCCUCAAGAGCUACCCGACAGGCGAGGACGUUGCAACAGCGUACUACCGCACCCUUGCUGCGAACAUGGUACCUGAAGAUGCGACACCGACGUAUCUUGAGAAGUGCUACCAACUAUACUAUCGGGACAAUGCUGUCGAAAUGAUGAGGGCCGGGUUCCUUCGCCCCGGCGAGCAGGACAUCGACAGUGCCAUGUAUAAGGAUCUCGUUGCGUACAGUUCGCAAGUGUUCUCCGUCACGCACGGCCGAAAUAUAUUUGUCACAAAGAAGGGGUACAUGGGUCUUUGCCCCCGUUCGACACGGCUCGGUGAUAAAGUUGUAGUGCUUUUCGGAGGGAGAACACCGUUCAUUUUGCGGAAGGCAAGGAAGGGAAGACAUGAGUUCCUCGGAGAGUGUUACGUCCAUGGGAUAAUGAAUGGAGAAGCUGAUGAGAUGGGGAUUCCACCACAGUCGUUUGAAAUUGUUUAG